ACACGCUCGCCGGGAUUACGCGACAGACAGCGAGAAGGCACUGCCGACAGCAUUAACACAGCUCCCUUAAGACAACGAAAUCUUAACGAGAUCUCAACCAUGUCUCUACGUCUGCUUGUAUUUCUUGGUUCAACCCGAGAGGGAAGGAUGGGUGAAAAUGUCGCGAAGUGUGUGAUCAGUAUGCUAAGGGAAAAGGAACAUCAAGCUGAUCUUGUGGACCCGCUGAUAAUGCAAGACGGCCACAUCCACCAGCCACUCCACUUCAUGAAGGACCAAGCUGAAGCUCCCGACUGGAUGAAGACGACCAACGCAUCCAUCCAGGCGGCCAGCGGAUUUGUUAUAGUUACCCCUGAGUAUAACAGUACCCUCCCACCCGCGCUGACGGCAAUUAUGGACCAUUUCCCUCCUGCUUCGUACAGACACAAACCCUGUGCUAUUGUCACGUACUCCAUGGGGAGCUUUGGCGGCAUCCGCUCGGCCGCCGCUGCCCGGCCUUUCCUCAGCGAGCUCGGGAUGAUUUCGGUGCCGUCCGCCUGCGUCAUUCCCCAGGUGGUGGGGAAGUUCGAUUCGGAAGGCGUGUGCACUGACGACAGAAUCCAGAAAAAUCUUGCCAAAGUGGUCAGCGAGAUUCAGUGGUAUGCAGAAGCGAUGGAGGAAAAGAGGAAAGUCAGUGGCGUCCCUUCUUAAAUAACGCCAGUGCAUCUUCUCUGAGGCGUCCUUUCUGCAGUAGCAACGGGGCAUCUUCUCUGAGGCGUCCCCUCUGCAACAGCAACGGGGCAUCUUCCCGGAGUCGUACCUUCUUCAAUAUCUACGGUGCAUUUUGUCGGAAAGCCUGGCCGAUAUAUUUCUUGUCUGGUGAUAACUGAUUUAUAGAUUAGCUCUUGCCAUUUACAUGUUAUGAGUGACAAUUGUUGCUUUAAUGCUUGGUAUUAUUAAUUUUUAUAAAACAGGCAGUUCUAUCCUUCCAUGUUAGAAUUAUGUAAUGAUUUCGCGUCUUAUAUAAAAAAAAAUUAUGUUUUAGAUUUCAAAUUAUACUCUAAUAUAAAAAAUCGUAUAUA